AUGGCGAAGCCUGCUCUCUGUGGAGAGAAGUGUUUCCAGUUUUUCGUUUACUGGGUGACCCGGUGCGACACGUCGCGCCUGACAUUUCAUUUCGUCGCGUUGCCUCACAGCGAGGCUCAAACCGCCCGGGCGACACCUUGCCUCACCUCGCCGUCUGCGGUGGACGAGCCUCGGUCCGCCACAACGGGGGCGGCCGCCCGCCUCCCCUGCUUGCAGCACACCACCGCCGAACCACAGAGGCCAGGGACAUCCAGGGGCGGCGCCGGCCGCUAUAAAAAGUCUGCGCGCCCAGCAGCGGGCAGACUCGUCCACAGUCCUCCAGCAUCCACAAACAUGAAGGUGUACGUGUUGUUGUCGGCGCUGCUGGCGUGUGUGGCGGCGGAGGCACCGCUGGGCAGACAGUACCUGGCGCCGAGCGCGCAGUAUGGCCCCCCGGGCGCCGGCGGCGGAGGCGUGCUCUACGCGGCCCCCAGGCCCUCCGCCCCCGGCAGCUCGUACGGCGCGCCGGGCCCAAGGCCGUUCUCCGCCAAGGUGGCGGCUCCGAGGCCCUUCAGCGUGGGUGGCGGACCUUCUACCUCAUACGGCCUCCCGCGACCAGGAGGUAUGGCGCCGGCCCCCGUGUACGGCGUGCCAACCGGCGGGCGCCCAGGAGCGAGGGAAGAUCCCUACUAUGAGCCGGCCAACUACGAGUUCAGCUACACGGUGCAGGACGCCGCCAGCUACAACGACUUCAGCCACCAGGAGACCCGGAAGGACGAGAACGCGCAGGGCGAGUACCGCGUGCUGCUUCCCGACGGACGCGUGCAGGUCGUCUCGUACCGUGCAGACGAGGACGGCUACCACCCCACCAUCCAGUACGAGCAGACGGGCCGGGCCGCGCCCGCGCCAGCGCCAGGCUUCGGCAGCGACGGCUAUCGGUACUAA